CGACAUGUGGCUGUGGUGGAGAGUCAGAGAAACUGUCUAAUUCUUUGUUCUGUUUCAUGGAAAUGAUCUCUGGAGGACUUCUGCUCAUUUUAGUGAUGACGUCAUCUGCUGACCAGGAAGUCAAGCAGAACCUGAUCUCCACUGUGGGGGGAGAGGUCACCAUACCUGUGCCUGUCAAGAGUCGUGGAUUUCUUUUGAAAAAAGGACGUGUUAUCGCUACAGUGAUAGGUAGUGUGUUUGAGAUAGAAAAGGAUGAUUUCCUGAACCGAACUUCCUGGGACCGAGCCACUGGCCUGUUCACUUUAAGAAGACUGCAGAGCAACGAUUCAGGGGAUUAUGCUGUUAAUGUUAUCGUGACUCUUGUAUCAUUCAACCUGAGUGUUUAUGACGCCGUCCUGGAGCCCGGUGUCACCGUAGUGUCUGUGAGCAGCGAGCGCUGCACCCUGCUGUGUGCUGUGGACCAACUGAGUGGAGGGACUCUCUCCUGGUAUCAAGGAGAGGUCCUGGUGGACCAGAGCAGCACCCAGCGCUCUCUCCCUCUGACCGUGGACAGGCUGGGUCUCCGGUCCUCCUACCGCUGUGUGUCUGCCAACCCUGCUGGGAACCUCACCCGGUCAGUCGACGCUAAUACGUCCUGCACAGUACAGCAGCGCACUGGUGAUGAAGAUGAAGGGAAGCAUAUCAGGCUGAACCAGAUUGUGAUUCCCAUCGUCUCUGUUAUGGUCCUCCUAUCCAUUUGUGCCAUCGUAAUAUUUUUUGUGAAGAGGAGGAAGAAAGGCACACAUCUCCAAGCUUCAAUCCUAUCGGUCCAAGACGUAACACCAAAGGAGGAGGCUGUUCGGGACAACACGUUGUACGAUCUGCUGCAGGCUCCCCGCAUCGUUAAUCCGACCGCUGCAGCGCGCACCUGAAGCUCACGAGAAGGAGCUUAACAAGGCCGCUACAACACGCCCCUCAGAUGCAACCCGCUGCAGGUUCAUCGCAUCGGGGUGCAACCCGCUGCGGUCGCACCCCGACCGCCACAGAGCGCGCUUGAAGCAAACAAGAACCAAAAGGACUUAAACGGCUCAUGUUGUAUCUUAAUUUAUGUUGUUUUUUUAUCGAAAGUUUUUAUUAUUAUUAUUAUUUUUCAUAAUUUUUUAUUAUGCGCUUUGUUAAAGAAAUGCAUUUGUCCAUGGAGUCAGAGUUCUUUGGAAGAAAGGAGCAACCCUUUUUAGGUCAUACUGUAUUUCCUCCAUAAAGGGGGUCUCCCACGGUUGGAAGGUUCUCAUCCGUUAUCGCCAUCUGUUAUCGCCUUCCGUUAUCGCCAUUGUUUGCGCUGGCACACAAAAGAUUGUCCUAUCGCUGAGUAUAGAAACGUCUGGUUAGAGCUGUAUCAUUAACACCACCAUUAACAUCUUGUGAGUUUGGGCCUUUUAGGGCCUUUUGGCUCUUUAUUAAUAAACAUCCUCCAAUAAUCUUGGUUGGAAGGUAAAUUAUCAAUCACA